AUGGAUCCAGCAGCACAAGCGGCUUUGCUUGCCAACCCUCCGUAUCCUGAUGAGAAUAUCGGACAUAGAUACAUAGUGACACUCAGCGUUACUUUCUUCUUCGUCCUAUUGACUUUGGCUUUGAGAUUGUAUACUAGAAUCAACAUCACCAAAUCUCUGGGUUGGGAUGACUAUACCGCGAUACUAGCGACGCUCUUCGCGGUCGUCAAUCUAAUCUUCCAAUCUCUAAACUACCACAAUGGCGGAGGUCGUCAUGCCUUGUAUCUCAGCAUGGAUCAGCUCAUCCAGGCUGUCAAGUACUCCAAUCUGGCCAUGAUACCAUUCAUCUUCUGCACGAUGUUAACCAAGAUCUCAAUUGCCAUCAUGGUUCUCCGCUUGAUCAAUAUCAAGGGUAUGAAAUACUACAUGUAUUUCAUGAUAGGCAGUUUGGUAUUGGUCAAUGGAGCCGCAAUUGUGAUCAUCUUCUCAUUUUGCAGACCCACUUACGCGUACUGGGAUAUCACUGUUGUCAAGCCACACUGUUGGAGUAAGAAGGUUUUAGAGACGGCUUCGAACGUUCAGGGAGCAUGGUCCAUUUUCACCGAUCUCGUCUGCACGUCCGUCCCAAUCAUCAUGAUCUGGCGACUCCAAAUGGCGCGAAACUACAAACUCGCCGUCUCCUUCCUCAUCGGCUUCGGUCUCAUCACCACAAUCUGCAGCGCCGUCCGCGUCGAACACUACAUCAAACUCGAAGCCAACACGCACUCGGGCGAUUCCACCUACGACGACGUCUCCACCAUCGUCUGGAUCUCCCUCGAAGAAAACAUCGGCCUCAUCUCCAUGAACCUGCCGGCCCUCGGCAAGCUCUUCAAGCUCGCGCAAGACAAGAUCUCAGGUAGCAUGCGCUACCUCCUAUCUGGCAGCAACAGCAAAACCACCAAAUCCGAGGGCUAUUACUCGUCGAAGGGCGGGAGCAAGAAUACCGGGAAGACGGACUCGAAUAUUGAGAUGGUGGGGAAUCGGAAUGAAAAGGCGAAUCAUAGGGAGAGGGAGAGGAGUUUGGAGGAUGGUGAUAGUUAUGAUUUUAAUACUGUGGAUGUUAAGGGGCAUGUUAGGAUGGCUGUUUCGCCGGCUUAA